GGGGCGUGGCUCUAGGCCGGAAGCGGGAGGCCGCAGGGGCGGGCUGGCUGGCGGUCCCUUUCCGGCCGGUCCCCAUGGAGGCGCUGGGGAAGCUGAAGCAGUUCGAUGCCUAUCCCAAGACUCUGGAGGACUUCCGGGUCAAGACCUGUGGGGGCGCCACCGUGACCAUUGUCAGUGGCCUUCUCAUGCUGCUACUGUUCCUGUCCGAGUUGCAGUAUUACCUCACCACGGAGGUGCAUCCUGAACUCUACGUGGACAAGUCACGGGGAGAUAAACUGAAGAUCAACAUCGAUGUACUUUUCCCGCACAUGCCCUGUGCCUAUCUUAGCAUUGAUGCCAUGGAUGUAGCUGGGGAACAGCAGCUGGAUGUGGAACACAACCUGUUCAAACAACGACUAGACAAGGAUGGCAUCCCCGUGAGCACAGAGGCUGAGCGGCAUGAGCUUGGGAAAGUCGAGGUGACGGUGUUUGACCCUGAUUCCCUGGCCCCUGAUCGCUGUGAGAGCUGCUAUGGUGCUGAGUCAGAAGACAUCAAGUGCUGUAACACCUGUGAGGAUGUACGAGAGGCCUAUCGCCGUCGAGGCUGGGCCUUCAAGAAUCCAGAUACCAUCGAGCAGUGCCAGCGAGAGGGCUUCAGCCAGAAGAUGCAAGAGCAGAAGAAUGAAGGCUGCCAGGUGUAUGGCUUCUUGGAAGUCAACAAGGUGGCCGGAAACUUUCACUUUGCCCCUGGGAAGAGCUUCCAGCAGUCCCAUGUGCACGUACAUGCUGUGGAGAUCCAUGACUUGCAGAGCUUCGGCCUUGACAACAUCAACAUGACCCACUACAUCCAGCACCUGUCAUUUGGGGAGGACUACCCAGGCAUUGUGAACCCACUGGACCACACCAACGUCACUGCACCCCAAGCCUCCAUGAUGUUCCAGUACUUUGUGAAGGUGGUGCCCACUGUGUACAUGAAGGUGGAUGGAGAGGUGCUGAGAACAAAUCAGUUCUCUGUGACCAGACAUGAGAAGGUCGCUAAUGGGCUGCUGGGUGACCAGGGACUUCCCGGAGUCUUCGUCCUCUACGAGCUCUCACCCAUGAUGGUGAAGCUAACAGAGAAGCACAGGUCCUUCACCCACUUCCUGACAGGAGUGUGUGCCAUCAUUGGGGGCAUGUUCACAGCCCUUGUGUCUCUCCCAGUGGCUGGACUCAUCGACUCACUCAUCUACCAUUCAGCGCGAGCCAUCCAGAAGAAAAUUGAUCUGGGGAAAACAACGUAGUCAUCCUCUUCCCCCUUGGCUUUUCCCUCUGCCUCCUGUUUGUUUGGCCUGUGGUUCUAUCCCCAGCCUCUUCUACCCCUACUCCUAGCUCCAGGUUGAUAAAUCUAUUGAUUGUGAUAGUA